AUUAUUUAAUGUACAAGCAUAUAUUUCUUUAGCCUCUAAUGCCAUUUGAAAGCAUAACUUGAAUUUCCUUCUUCCAACUUUCUGUUCAGUUUCAGCAAUGGGUUUAGCAAUUUCUCGACUAGUGAAGAUGCUUUUCGCUAAGAAAGAAAUGAGGAUUCUGAUGGUUGGUCUUGAUGCAGCAGGGAAAACAACUAUCCUCUAUAAGCUGAAACUUGGAGAAAUUGUUACUACAAUACCCACUAUUGGAUUCAAUGUGGAAACUGUUGAAUACAAAAAUGUUAGCUUCACAGUCUGGGACGUAGGAGGACAGGACAAGAUUCGACCAUUAUGGAGACACUACUUUCAGAACACCCAAGGUCUGAUCUUUGUGGUGGAUAGCAAUGACAGAGAAAGAGUUUCAGAAGCCAGAGAUGAGCUCCACCGGAUGCUAAGUGAGGAUGAGCUUCGCGAUGCAACUUUACUAGUAUUUGCCAAUAAGCAAGACCUUCCAAAUGCUAUGAGUGUUUCUGAAAUCACUGAUAAACUAGGCCUGCAUUCACUCCGUCAACGCCGUUGGUACAUCCAAGCUGCAUGUGCCACUAAUGGCCAAGGACUUUAUGAAGGUCUUGAUUGGUUAUCCAGCAACAUCUCUAGCAAGGCAUAACUUAGGCAGCUAUCAAAGGUUUAUGCACCUUAUCUUAAAGCAAUUAUGCCAUAUCAAUCCAGCGAGUGUGCAACUAAACUUGAUACUUUCACAAGUGAAAAGCAUUUAACUGGACCUUAUAUACGUGUGUAAUUUUCAAUUACUAUUGUGAACAAACUAUUACACAUUAUAGUGUGAAACCUCUAAUUCUA